ACCACAAUCAGCUAAUUAUAUGAUUCUACACCAACUUACUGAUAAUGCCUAUAUAUUUCCGUCCUUCAUACGGCCCCUCGCUCAGUUUGCAUCUAAAUAAAAACAAAACAAGUGGGACUCGCUAAACAGUGCCCGUUCAGCAUGUCAGUAGAACAACUCUAAAUUGAAUUUGUCACUGAAUACGCAAUAGGGAAGCGUCAUCGUUCAACGUAACCAAGUUUGAUAACUUAACUUUCUCUCGGCUCAGAGCCCGUCGAAGGAGGCAUCCAGCUUCAUUCCGCGAUUGCCAGCGAACCAAGUUGUUCGUGGCCGCCGCGCCCGCGUCUACACACGUUGUUCAAGUGAUCCAUGGUUUUUUAAGUGACAUUAGUGAUUAAAGCGGCAAAAUGGGAACGUUUGUCAUGUUAGGUCAAAGUUUCCUGUUUUUGGCGCUGUUUCUAUUAACAAACGCACAGAAUCUGGAAGAAAGUAAUGUUCAGACAGUCCCGAGUGAUCUGCGACGGGCUGUCAGCGAGGCGCUGGCUUUGGAGAGAAGAUUUUUACAAGGAGGAAACAUCCCACAAGACUGUUCAUCAGAUGAAGACGAGGCUAGCAAUACCCCGUGUCCCCCAAGCAAGUACCGAAGUGCAAGUGGCGAAUGCAACAAUGUAAGACACAGGCCGUGGGGCAGGCGAGGCGAUGUGUUCUUACGCCUUCUGCCACCGAAGUAUGCUGAUGGUGUAUCUGCACCAGUAUCACCUCCUCACAUCCCAGAAGCCACUUUGGCAGUACAGGCUGUGUCCCAACUAGCUGAGCCCAAAGACAAUGACUUCGUUACGAGUAUGCUGGCUGCUUGGGGACAGUUUAUUAUGGACGACCUCAUAGCCACGGCUAAUGGAAAUAAGAAAUGUGAAGGACCAGAUUGUAAAUACCUAAGAUCGGCGCCAGCAAGGAAUUUAGAUUCUUGCAACUUUGAACACAGAGAACAAAUGAAUUUGGCUACAUCUGUGCUCGACGGCUCCGCCAUAUACGGAAGCUCCGAAAAGGAACUACGCUCAUUGCGAUUGUACGACGCUGGCAAAGUCGACCUUGCGUCGUGUCGAAAGUGUAAUGAUGGCACCCCGACAGCGCCCCUUUACACUGCAUUAUUAUCAGAACACAAUCGUAUAGCUGGUGAACUAUAUUCCUUGAAUCCGUUCUGGGAAGAUAACGCGAUAUUCUUGGAGAGUAGACGAGCACUCGCAGCCAUCAUACAGCAUAUAACAUACAAUGAGUUCCUACCUGUUUUAUUGGGCGAGGUUGGUAUGGCCAAAGCCGAGUUGAAGCUGACGUCACUGGGAUUCUGGCGAAGCUACUCGAGCGCAAACCGCGCGGGCGCAUACGCGGAGAUCCUUUCCGUUGCGCCCAUAUUCGACGCUAUGAUGAAUGAGAAAUUGAUCAACGAAACAAUAUCAAUUAAAGAUUUAGUUCAAACGACUGCUCAUAGCGUGUCAAAAUUAGCGCCAACCGCUCAAUGGGACCUCAAAAGAAAUCGGGACCACGGAGUACCGACGUAUCUACGAGUACUGAGGAUGUGCGAGCCAAUGCUUUCUGUAAAAUCGUAUGGAGAUUUUGAAAAAUUGGGCUUCGAUAGGACUCAACAGGAAAUGAUGGCCGAUAUGUACAGAAAUGCAGAAGACGUUGAACUGAUGGUGGGUGGAGCCAUGGAGAAACCAGCGACGGGUGCUGUCAUCGGAUCCACUUUGGCUUGUGUACUCGCAAUGCAGUUUGCCAACCUUAAGAAGAGUGACAGAUUUUGGUAUGAAAAUGACUUACCACCAUCAUCAUUUAUGCCAGAACAACUCGGAGCGAUCAGAAAAGUCUCCCUUGCUGGUCUACUCUGUGCCAAUGAUGACUCUCUUACCAACAUACAACCCAAGGUCUUUGUUAAGGAAGAUCCUUACUUAAACGCGGCUCAAAGUUGUGGUCAACACGGUCGUUUGGAACUGUCCGUAUGGAAGGACGAAAGUGGGGCUAGAGCGGCGGAAAGACUCACACAAGAUACCCUAGCCACAGCCUUGGAGAAGGCCAAACAGGAAAUGGCUGAUCGGAAGAAACUUGAAUAUAUGCUUUGGGAGACUCGUGGAGGUGCAGACCCUAAAUCCCCAGUGGGUACAGCAGCGUCGUUUUCCAAAGCGAACAAAUAUGCGUUGAAACUCGCCAACACCUCACUCUUCUUUGAAUUUGCAACCAAUGAACUUAUUAAUUCUGUGAAUGGGCGUCGUCGCAAACGUCAGGUGUUCGGCGACUCGCUCGGUUUCGGUUCCUCAAAUGACUUCGUCGAUUCUCUACAGUCCGUUGACAUCAGCAGUUUCCUUGGAUCUGAUCAAUUAGGUCCAGCGAUUGAGCCCCAAUGUGAUGAUGCAGGAGCAUGUGACGCUACUUCUCCAUUCAGAACUUACACUGGACAUUGCAAUAAUUUGAGAAAUCCCAGUUUGGGCAAAAGUUUGACGACCUUUGCAAGAUUACUGCCUCCGGUGUAUGAAGAUGGCGUAAGUCGUCCCCGCAUAAACACAGUGACUGGUACCCCACUGCCUUCCCCCCGUACGGUGUCAACUGUCAUACAUCCUGACAUUUCCAAUCUUCAUACACGGUAUACCCUCAUGGUGAUGCAGUUCGCGCAAAUUGUGGAUCACGAGCUCACUAUGACACCAAUACAUAAAGGUUUCCACGAGUCAAUCCCAGACUGUCGUUCAUGUGACGCGCCAAGGACUGUCCAUCCCGAGUGCAACCCGUUCCCUGUUCCCCGCGGGGACCAUUAUUACCCCGAAGUCAAUGUUACUUCUGGGGAACGUCUUUGCUUCCCGUUCAUGAGAAGUUUGCCUGGACAGCAGCAGCUUGGGCCUAGGGAACAAGUGAACCAAAAUACAGCAUUUAUAGACGCAUCAUUCAUAUAUGGAGAGAAUCCUUGCAUUGUCCGCAAAUUGCGCGGUUUCAACGGACGCCUGAAUGCGACUACGAACCCUCACAAUGGCAGGGAAUUGCUUCCGAGAUCCGACAGCCAUCCUGAGUGCAAGGCGGCUAGCGGAUUCUGUUUUAUUGCUGGUGACGGAAGAGCAUCCGAGCAACCAGGUCUGACCGCACUGCACACAAUUUGGAUGAGAGAACACAACCGCAUUGUGGAAGGCCUUAGAGGGGUUAACCCGCACUGGGACGCCGAUUUACUAUUCGAACACACCCGUCGUAUAGUUUCGGCUGAACUAACUCACGUAAUAUACAAUGAGUUCCUUCCGAGACUGUUGUCUUGGAACGCUGUCAAUUUGUAUGGACUCAAGCUUUUGCCUUCAGGUUACUACAAAGAAUACUCUCCCACCUGCAACCCAUCUAUGGUGAAUGAGUUUGCCGCAGCAUCAUUCAGAUUCGGUCAUUCAUUAUUAAGACCGCAUCUGCCGAGAUUGUCACCGACAUAUCAGCCCGUGGAUCCACCAAUUUUACUACGAGAUGGAUUCUUCAGGCCCGACAUGUUCAUGAACCACCCACCUUUAGUAGACGAGCUGAUGCGUGGUCUUGCAUCAACACCAAUGGAAACCCUCGACCAGUUCAUCACUGGUGAAGUAACCAACCAUCUCUUUGAGGACCGAAAGAUUCCUUUCUCGGGAAUAGAUCUCGUUGCCCUCAACGUCCAAAGGGCACGAGACCACGGAAUACCAAGUUACAAUAAUUACAGAGCUCUGUGUAACCUGAAGAGAGCGACAAACUUUGAAGACCUUUCACGUGAGGUUCCAGAUGAAGUGAUUGCAAGGUUUAAGCGUAUUUAUCCCACUGUAGACGACAUCGAUCUAUUCCCCGGAGGAAUGAGUGAGCGGCCUUUGCAAGGAGGUCUCGUAGGACCCACUUUCGCCUGUAUUAUUGCUAUACAGUUCCGUCAGCUUAGGAAAUGUGACCGAUUCUGGUAUGAAAACGACAACCCAGCAGCCAGAUUCACAGAGCAACAAUUGGCCGAAAUUAGAAAAACGACCCUGUCAAAGGUCCUUUGUGACAACUUUGACGUUCCCACAGAUAUACAACGCGCUGCUUUUGACUUACCAAGCAAUUUCUUAAACCCUCGCGUUUCUUGCGCGUCGCUGCCAAAGUUGGAUCUAUCAGCGUGGCGCGAGAAUUCAGCACAAGGCUGUUUAAUAGCGGGACGCGCUGUGCCCUUAGGCGACUCUGCCUUCCCAUCACCCUGUACAUCAUGUAUCUGUACUGCUGAAGGGGCUCAAUGCGCAUCUUUGCGUAUAACGGACUGCGCGCAAUUGUCCCGCGAAUGGCCGCGUGAAGCAAUUCUACGCGAUGACGUAUGUACAGCGCAAUGUGGCGCCGCCCCACAAGGCAGACCGCCGAGGCGACACAAUAUUAACUUCAAUUUCCCGGACUUAACGCCAUUUAUCGCAAAGUGAAUUAGUAAUAAAACCAUUGAUGCAACGUUGAACCUCUAAAUCAAAAGUUAUAAGUGUUCACCCGAUACGGUCACUCGCGGUUGUUAUAUAUCUAUAGAAGUCCACAUUUGUAUCAAGUAUCAAGAACACUGGCCUAAAACUUAGAACCGCAAAAAGAAAAAAAACUUGAACCAUAAUGUAUAGAAAUCAUUGUUUUUUUUUUUAAAAAACACAUCGAACUAUAAGCAAUGAAAUGUUACUGUGUUUGGAACUGUCAAACAUACGAGACAAUUGACCGUUUCAAAUAUGGUUUAGGUGAUGAAAUUGAUGUAACGAAACGAAGAAAUUAAUAGCUCUAUAUUGUUGGUAUACAAAAACGAAAACUAUUUACUCAUAUCGUAAACAUGUCACGCGCUGCCAUUUAAAAAAUAACCUUAAGUCAAUUAACCAAGGUUUAAUUUACGAAACGUUUCAUGAAGAAAUUACUAUAAUCGUGAGUUUUCGUGAACCAAAUGAGAGACUACUACAUUUGAAUUUCUAUAUUUUUCCUGGAUUGAUAUUAUUUUAAUUUUAUAAUACAUAUAUACACAACUAUUUUAAUAUACAUUAAAAUUGGCAAGUAUUGUGAUAUAACUCACCUAUAAUAUAGUAAUCGGUGCUCCGUCCUUAAUAAUAAUAUUUAAUUACUUAAAAAUUUCUAUACAUAAACAAAUUGUGUGAAAAUAUAAUACUCAUGCAUUUUCGCAAAAUUUGUAUAUUGUAUGAAAUAUUUUAUUAUGUACAAACUACUAAGUCGUAGUUUUAGAGAAUUUAUAUUAUCGGCAUGAUUUGAUCAAUUUAUCAGCCAUUAUAAGCUUUAAUUGACAAUAAACUUACCGAAUGUUACCAUCUACAUAUAGUUAAUCUACUGAAAUCGAAAACAUGUACCAUUGUGUUACCAUUUUUACAACCUUUAAGUUUACGAAUUUAAAAUAAUUAAUUUAAACACUGCCUCUGAUUUGUAAAUUUGCGGCUUUUGAUAUUUAGUUUUAAUUAGAUCUAGUUUUUGUACAAUUUUAGAAAUAUAAUAAUUUAAUAUA